ACGGACACAUCCGUCUGUCGGAAUUCAUGGCUCCGCCUCCACCCUGCCUCUUUACGUCAUCUGUCAUUCCUGACCACAGACGGUGAUGGCGGAGGUUGACGAAUCCGACAUAAUGAUGAACUACCACGGUGAUUUCUCAAAGACAGAGAGGAGGAGCUGCCGCUAUCCUUACUGCGUUGUCUGGACACCUAUUCCAAUUUUAUCGUGGGUGCUUCCCUUCGUCGGUCACAUGGGCAUUUGCACCUCAGCGGGAGUCAUCAGAGAUUUCGCAGGAUCUUAUUUUGUCUCGGAGGACAACAUGGGGUUUGGCCGGCCAACAAAGUACUGGAAACUGGACGUGGACAAGGUUUGUGGCAACGGCGCCGCCACAUGGGACCAAGCAGUGCACGAUGCAUCCGAGGAAUACAAAUGCAGGCCGCACAAUUUGUGCCUUGAUAACUGCCACUCCCACGUUGCCUUGGCCCUAAACCUGAUGCGAUACAACAACAGCACCUCCUGGAACAUGGUGAACCUGUGCAUGCUGUCGUUUAUUCAUGGGAAACACGUGAGCUGGGCAGCUUUCCUGAAAACCUGGCUGCCCUUCGUCAUGCUGUCCGGAGUCCUCACCACCUUCAUCCUGACGCUCAGCCUGUAGCGGCGCAGACGGCUUUGCACACUUGCUGGUACGAGCGGUGUUCGGACUGAGCAAACAUUGGGACAGAACACGCCAGACAAAGGACUGCAACGUCUCAUUGAGAGCAAAGCUUUUUUUUUUUUGCCGUUUAGUUUAAGUGAGGAACACUACCAGUGCUUCCUUCCUUUUCACACAAUGGUCUUUUAUUUUGAAAAUAUCAAAACUCCCCUCCAUGGGAUUGAGAUUUCAGCAGGAUGCAGUUUUCAUGAAUGAAGGUUUAGAUUGGGAGUUUUUGGAGGUCUAAUCUUAAUUCUAUUGAGGAUGUAAACUAAAAUGGAUAAAAUAAUCUCAAAGCCGUGAGUCCUAAUUGAUUGUUAAUCCAGAAGAUUUGAGUCGCCACCAGAGAUAGAAUGAUGAGAGACUCGCAUGUGAAAAGUUGUGUUGUUGUUAUUUGAAUCUGUUUUAUUUUUAUUUUUUUCAGACAAACUGAAUGUUUUCCAACUGUACAAUCUCAUGCUGGAUUAUCAUCUUGUUUUUAAAUCUGCGUGAUAAAUAAUCUAAUUUAUUGUUGUGCAUUUUACUCAAUUUCCAAUAGUUUGGUGAGUUUAAUGAGGUUGCUGCCCUGCCUCCUCAGGCAGACGGUGAUCGCCCUUAUUGUCCUCUGUAUCUUUAAGGGAACCACAUACCUUUUUUUUUUAUCUCACAGAUUCUGUGUGAUAUGAAGCACCAUCAGGUUAUAGGAACCUUUAUUCCCACAGCGAAGCCGACUAGGAGAGUCAGCCGCAGAAACGAGCAGCAUUAAAUUUGUUCACUUUUG